AUGGCACCACCUCAUAAGAAUCACCACCAACGUCCUGAGAACGUGUUAAAGCGUGCCGAAGACUUAAUCGCGGUCGGGGAGCCAGAAGCUGCCCUUGAAGCGUUAUACGAAUUGAUAACUGCCAAGAGAUCAAGAUACUCUCCAGUUGAAGAGUUAGAACCAAUUGGGUUAUUGUUAAUUGAAUUGGCUGUUGACUUAAGAAAGGGUAAAUUAGCUAAGGAUGCCUUACAUCAAUAUAAGAAAAACGUCCAAAAUACCGAAAACGGUUUGGAAUCGGUGCAAGUUGUUGUAAAGAAAUUUGUCUCCUUGGCUGAGAAGAAGUUAGAUGAAGCACAACAAAAGGCUGACACCAAGAUUGACAGUAAUGGUAGCAAUGACGAUGAGGAUUUGGAUACCGCUCAAUCUCCAGAAUCUAUCUUGUUGAGUGCUGUUUCUAACGCAGACUCUGCUGAUCGUACCGAAAGAGAAUUAGUCACUCCUUGGUUGAGAUUCCUUUGGGAAGCCCUUAGAGCCACCUUAGAUAUCUUGAGAAAUAACUCCAAGUUGGAAGUUACCUAUUCUGCUAUUGUUAACCAAGCAUUCCAAUUCUGUUUGAAGUUUGGAAGAAAGGCCGAAUUCAGAAGAUUAUGUGAAUUGUUAAGAACCCACAUGCAAACUUUGACCACCACCCAACCAACUGGUCCAGGAAGUGCUCCAGGUGCUCCAGGUGCAGCAGCAGCAGCAGCUACCUUCUCUAAGCCAACUGGUACCAAUGCUAUUGACUUGUCCGACUCAGAAACUGUUCAACGUUAUCUUGACCAAAGAUUUUCUCAAUUGAAUAUUUCCGUCAAGUUAGAAUUAUGGCAAGAAUCCUUCAGAUCUGUUGACGAUGUCCACACUUUAAUAACCGCUCUGAAGAAGGCUCCAAAGCCUGUCAUGAUGGCCAACUACUACGAAAACUUAGCUCGUAUCUUUGCUGUUUCUGACAACUCUUUGUUCCACGCUGCUGCUUGGAACAAGUUCUUCAACUUGUAUUCUCAAUCACCAAAUGCUACCGAUGAAGAAUUAAGUCAUUAUGCAUCUAUCUUGGUCUUGUCUACUUUAGCCAUUCCUCAAAGAUCUGGUAACAGUAACGAGACUGUUGUUGACGACCAAAGAGCUAAGAACUCCAAAUUAUCAUCAUUGUUGAACUUGAACCAUGUCCCAACCAGAGAUUCAUUGAUCAAGUCCAUCUUAAGCAGAUCUAUUCUUUCAUUCGUUGACCCAGCAGUUAAGACUUUGUUCAAGGUCUUAGAGGAAGGUGGAUUCCAUCCUUUGACUAUCAAGGCUGAAGUUUCAGAAAUGUUUAAGGUUAUCGCUGAAGAUAAAGACUACAAGCCUUACAUCACCACAUUAACUGAAGUUAUUUUAAUCAGAUUGUUCCAACAAGUCAGCCAAGUUUACGAAACCGUUAAGUUAGACUUCUUAGUCAACUUAGGUAUUUUCCAAGGUACAGAAUACACAUUACUGCCAUUACAAGUUGAAAAGUUGAUUGUUACUGCCGCCAAGGAUGGUCACUUAGCAUUGACCAUUGAUCAUGAAAGCGAUGUUAUCACUUUCAAGUCUGAUCCAUUUGAAGAUAGUAACGAACAAUUCAACAAGGUUAACGCCAAGGUCACAGGUGCAGGUGUCUUACAAAUUUCUCCAGCUGAAUUGGUUAGAACUCAAUUAUCUAAAUUGGCUUCUACCUUAUCAGAGUCUACCAAGAUCAUUGAUCCUGAAUACAACACUAGAUUGAGCUACAAUAAGGAAUUAGCAUUGAAGAAUGCCCUCUCCAAGUUGAUUCAAGAACAACAGGAAUAUUCUCAAAGAUUGACCAUUAUGGAAGAGAGAAAGAGACAAUCUGAAAAGUUAAAGAGAGAGCAAGAAGAAGAAGCAGCCAAAUUGAGAGCUGAAAAGUUAGUAGCUGAACAAAAGGCUGAACAAGAAAGAAUGAUAGCCGAACAAGAGAGAAGAAACUUAGAGAAAUUAGAGAGAGAAAAGCUAUUAGUUAAGGAAAGAGAAAAGAAGAAGAUUGCUGAAGAAAUCAAUGCUAAGGGAAUUAUUCAAAUUGACUUGAACAACUUGGAUGAUUUGGACACUGAUAAGUUACGUAUUAUGCAAUUAGAACAACUUUCUAAGGAUAAGAAAUUAUUAGAAGAAAGGUUAAAGAUAUUAUCUAAGAAAGUCGAUCAUACUGAAAGAGCAUUCAGAAGAUAUGAAUUACAACACUUAGAAAAGGAUGCUGAGAAGCAAAAGGCUGAAGACUUGAAGAACUUCGAAACGGCCAGAAACUUAAAGAUUUCCAAGGCUAAGAAGGAAUUUGAAGACGCUCACGCUAUCAAGGACCGUUUACAAAGAGUUGUUCCAGAUUUCACUUCAUUCAAGGCCAUUAUUGAUGCAAAGAACUCUUCUAAGUUGCAAGAAUUAAAGAAGAGAGCCAGUAAAGAAUUAGAGCUUGCUAAGAAGGAAAGAUUAGCAAGAGUCAAGGCUCAAAGAUUGGAUGAAUUAAGAUACCAAAAGGAACAAGAAUUGAUUGCCGAAGAAGAAGCUGAAAGAAAACGUAAGCAAGCCGAGGAAAUGGCCAAGUUGAAGGAAGAAAUGAGACUUCAAAAGGAAAAGGAUGCUGAAUCUCUUAAGAGGAGAGCAGCCAUGGAAGCUGAACUUGCUGCUAAGAAGCAACAACAACAGCCACAACCAUCCUCACCUGUUGCUCCACCUGCUAGAACUGCUCCACCUGCAAGAAGCUCUCCAUUUGGCAAUGCUACCCCAGUUGCAAGCUCUCCAGCAUCUGGAUCUCCAGUUGGUGGUGCUUCCCCAUCCCCAGUUGCUUCCAAGCCAUUGUCAUUUGCCGAAAAGAUGAGAUUGAAGAGAGAAGGUAAACUUGCUUAA